UCUGAAGGACUGCAACUCCCAUCAUCCUCCGAGACAGGAAAUGCCCCGCUACGCGUGGAGCAUGAUGGGCAAUGUGGUCUUCCCUCUCCCCUUCCCUCUCCCAGGAUCUCAUAGGGUUUUUUUGUGAGCUUAAACUCGAGGUUAAUAAAGUGUAUAAGAAAGUGGAAAUAAUCCCUUAAAGGCAAAAAGGGGGGGUGGGUGGGGCUUAGAGUCGCAAGAAGAGUGGAUUUCUCAACACAACAAACUACAACUUCCAGAAGGCUUUGCGUGGGAGGGAAAGCUGGGAGUCAGGCUGGGUUCUGUUCAACUGCCCGGAGUGGAAGGCACAGCAGCCAGGCACUUAGGGGGCAACUGACUUAUGGGGACUUGUUUUUAAGGGGAUCUCCAGGAAAAUGGAGGAGUUAAAGCCAGAAGGAAAUUAGGACCCCCUUUUUGUGCCCAUGUUUUGGUUUCUGGAAUAGGAGGGGGCGGGGAGGAGGAGGCUGCAGCUGGGUUGGUUGGAAAGAGACAGCUGAAAGUGAAAGACUGUGGAAAGGGACAGAUCUGUGGGAUUUCAGGUGGGGAUAGAGCCUGGGGUGAGCUGAGCGUUUCAGAGAGAAAGGAGCUUCAGUGUGGUGUGGGGGGCUGCCCUUGAAAUGGGUCCCCUUGAUGACAAGGAUUGGUGGCUGUAGUAGGGUCAGGCUGUGGGGGGGAGGCUGACCCCUAGCUGCUGUGGCAGCGGCCAAGGUCGAGGAGAAUGGCUUCGCCUUCCAAGAAGGGCUCCCCCGGAGGAGGUAGGCUGCUGCAAGGGAGCAGGACCCGAUCCUACGGCAGUUUGGUCAAGUCAGUGAGCUCACCGGUGCGGGAGAGGCGGGUGGAGCAUCACCUAGAACCGGGUGACACCUUGCAGGGGCUGGCGGUGAAAUACGGGGUCACGACAGAGCAGAUCAAGAGAGCCAACCGGCUUUAUACCAACGACUCCAUCUUCCUGAAAAAGACUCUCUACAUCCCAGUGGUAUCCAAGGCCGUGACGAACGGAUUAAAUCUCGAUGAGGAUGUAGAGGAGGUGGAGGAAGAGGUGGAGGAAAAGGCGGAGGCGGCCGCGGCCGCAGAAUCUAGUCACCCUGAGCCUGUCAAGAUGCAGAAGUCCCAACGGAAGAACGGUGCCUCGGCCUCCAAACACGAUCUCUCCGCCUCGGAUUUCCUCUUCAAGCUGGACUCUGAGAUCCGCCGCUCCAAGCAGGCUGCCACCAAAAAGCUGCGGGAUGGCGAGAGCGUCAUUCUUCGGGAUGAGUCAGGAUGCAGCCCUGGGCCCUCCUCCUAUCAGAACCAGCCUUCUCCUCGCUCCCAGCAGCGGGCCGUCCUUGGUCCCGUGCCGCUCACCAAAAUUGCCCGCGCAGACAGCCUCCGUGACCAAGAAGAUGAGAUCUUCAAGCUCUGAUGCCUGCCGCUUCCCUCUCUCUCUGUCCUGGCAGCCCCCCGGGGACAUGCGUCACAUCCUAACCACCUCUAGUGAGUGUCCCUCCAGCCCUGACGUUUUCCCCAAGGGUGCGAGUGGCUCUGGAAAGAGUCAGGGGAUGGUGAUGGUUUUUCCACUUGAAGAAAGAACAUCCAUGGGACCCGAGAGAAUGCCCCAGAGAUGGGCAGCCGAAGGGGCCACGCCUCCAGGAAAGGAGAGAGCAACGUUGAGCGAAUGUCCCCCAUAAUUCCUUUCUUUGUCUCCCCGCAGACUCUGGACGGCCCCUUUGGGGUGUGUUUCCAUCAGUGUUCUGAGUCCCUUUGCUGCUGUGUCUCCCUCCCUCCCUCCCUCCCACCCCCACAUCUCUAUUUAUUGCCUCUGCAACCCAAGUGCUUUUUGACCCAUCUAGGCUUCUGUCCUUGUACCGCCUCAGAUCUGAGGCAAAGAUUCUCACAAUCCUUAUUAGUCAAUCUUAGGGGUGGCACGAGGCCUGCUUUAAUGGCAACGGCAGUGAUCACACUGAGCAGGCAGAUUCCUCUCCACCCCAAGGGUAAGCUUUCCGGCAGGACAGGAAUGGCCGCCAGUGGAAUUCUGGGCAAGACUCUGCCAUCUUGGUUUCGCGCUUCACUCGCCGGCCACUUGCAGGGGGUGGGCGAUACUGCCUUCUGAUUGGCUGAGGGGAGGAUUUCUGAGCUGCGACAGAGCAACCCUCCCACCUCGAGGCUUUUUCUCCUGUGAUCUCAGAAUAUUAUUGUCACAGCCCCCCCCCCCCCCCCCGGCCAAGGUUGUAUAGCAUACCCUGUGAUUAAAUAGCCAGCAGGUUUUGCUGACGUUCGGGAA